AUGAACCCGCCUGCUUCGGACUUGGCGUCUCAUCGCAGCAGCCAGUCUCCAGAGCCACCCGAGUUCGGCUCCGUCAAGGACAAAAUUGGCAGGUUCAGCGCAUACGGACAACAUAGCGAAUCUAAAGGACCAGGGAAUGUAGGGGCCUUAAGACCACGUACCCCGCAGCAAAUCGCCGCCCAGCUCGCAGCGGGAAGAUCCACGCCGAGCAGCUGGAGGAAACCAGCUCCCACCCCAAGCAGCAGCAGUGCCAGCGUCGACCUUCCAAUGAGACCGGGCGGCGAGCGGGAAAGACCACAGCUCCUAGCCCCGAAGCCUGCGUGGGCUACUGCCGCGAGUAAGGCCUCGUUUGAGAAGAUCUUGCGAGACGAGCAGGAAACUGGACUCGGAGACAGGCCACUGGAUCGCAAACCCGUCAGGCCGGGUUCUGCUCUAUCAGACUUUGCGCAGCUGGCUGCGACAAAAUCGCGACCGCCGCCAGUGCCCCGAAAACCGUGGCAGAAUCCCGCAGGCACCAGUGCGAGGCCAGCACUAGAGAAGCCUAAAGACCUUCCUUCAUCACCUCCGUCACUCCCUCUAACGGAACCUAGCGGCACCGAUGAAAAACCGCCAUUACUACCCCCGCGACCGAGUGAAACGCCAUCAUCAUCAUCAUUCAAAUCCAAGAUUGAUCUGGCGAGUCAUCGGGCACUUCUCAGCAGCAGUAAUCUCCGACCGCGGCCCUCUAGUCCCGGCGUGGCGUCUCUCUAUGCCAGAUCUGUGACCAACAGUACUCCGAGUCUCCUUGAUAGUACCUCCGAAGGGGUACUCUCGGAUGCUAUUGUAGCAUCGUCCUUGGCAUCCACCCGUGCUUCGCGAGAGAGGAAGGACCCUCCCCCCCCCCCUCCCCGACGUCGGCCUCGAUCACGAUCCAUCGUGAGUCUGGGCCACAGCAAGAAACAUGAUCACUUUCAACCCUCGAGUUCUUCUACUGGGCUACGGCAAACGCUUCGACAUCCAAGCAGUUCGGACGAAGAAGAGGGAUAUCGCCAGCACCGACAUAUCAUCCGCAAACACCCGCAUAAACACCACGAAGGGAACCGAAAGCGGUGGCGGAGCGAAGUGAGUGAGAAAGAUCGGAAGAAGUACGAAGGCGUGUGGGCGGCAAACAAAGGAUUGCUUGUUCCUUCCCCCUCGCAGGUCCCCCCUGGCUCGUUGCCUCCCAAUGCGUCCGAAAUGGUUGUCAACCUGGUGGUCCGCGACAUCUGGUCCCGCAGCGGUCUUCCCACGCAUGUCCUGGGGCAGAUCUGGGAUUUGGUCGAUAGCCAGAAGAGAGGACUUUUGACUCGCGAAGAAUUCGUGGUGGGGAUGUGGUUGAUCGAUCAGCAGUUAAAGGGGCAUAAGCUCCCCGUGCGGGUCCCUGAUAGCGUCUGGUUCUCCGUCAAGCGGAUCUCAGGCAUAAAGAUCCAUGCUUUGCCGCCGUCCUGA